UUCCACCAUCAAAACUACGACUUUGCCAUUGCCCUCUCCAAAACCCUCACCAUUUCACCUCUGUAUAAGCUCUUAGGGUUUUGCAAUGACGUCAUCAUCUAGGGUUUUCGGAAACUAUUGCCGAACUCUAAUGGCGGCUGCUAAGAGCUCCACUGAAGCUCCGGCCACCGCCGCUAAUGCUACUAGUGCGGCGGCGGGAAAAGGUCGUACUAGAGGGAUACUGAAGCCACUACCGAUUUCACCAGCACUAGGUAAAUUUGUUGGUGCUUCGGAGAUCUCACGUACUGAUGCUGUUAAGAAAGUUUGGGAUUACAUCAAAACCAAUAAUCUUCAGAAUCCGGCAAACAAGAAGGAGAUAAAUUGUGAUGCCAAGUUGAAGACGAUAUUUGCCGGCAAGGACAAGGUUGGAUUUCUAGAGAUUGCAAAGCUGCUAUCCAGUCAUUUUCAAAAGGCUUCUUAAUUUUGUCAAUUUGCAGUUCCUGUAAACAUUAGGUGCUUUUCUUGGUAGUGAACUUUGUACUUCAGUAGCUUCUCCUUUUGUAUCUCUUCACUCUGGUUGUGAGUUAUGGUGCAUAAUCUGAAAUUGGAAGCUUGCAGUAUUUUGAAAGUUGAAGCAAGAUGCAAAUCAUGCAAUUGUUCUAAAA